UGACUACUUCGUACUUCCCGUGCCCUUCCCAUCAUUCACACAUAACUACUGCCACCUGCGCUGCGACUCUGGUCUUUUGGAUCGCAAUUGCGUCCCCAUUCCCGUUCACGCCCUCUCGUUUUGCGACUUGUUGUUGGCUGGUCACCGCACUUAUUAACUGCACUCGGAGUGUGUCCUUCGUCCUCGGAACUCUUGUUUUUUUUUCCCCACUGCUUCCAGUCCUCGAGUCCUAUACGCACGCAGCUAUUUUUACAGCCACGCCAAACAUUCUUCCACCUGUAAAUCUUCCUCCUACUACUACUAUACAUAUUUCGUUCCGAUCCGUCCACCCCAUUUUCACACGCAAUGUCUGCCCCGCAGCAAACGCAGGCCGUCUACCUGCUGCCAUUGACCGACGCCGGUGCUCCCGAUGUGCCUGGCCAAUACCUGUAUCUGCCGCCUCCGGAUCCGUCGUACAUCCUGCGCUUUCAGAUCGAGGGCACUAGCUCUAUAUGCCGCGAAGGCAGUUUGUGGGUGAACGUCCCCGCCAAGGGCGAUAAGUUCAAGCGGGAUCACUAUCGCGAGUACAAGCUCAAGCCAGACUUCAACGGUCGCUCCGAGAUCGACAUUCCCAUCUACGAAGCCAAUGCGUACUCGUUCUACACAACGUACUCGCCACUACCGCAAUGGUCCUUCACUGCCGUCACCCCAACGAAACCCACACAAACACCCGUAUACUACGUCGACGUCUGCCCUCUGCUCACCCUCAAGGGCCAGCAAUUGCCCAUCGAAUCCAUCAUUGUCUUCUCGUGUCUGUCCAAGUUCAUGGGAAAGUAUCCCGAUGAUUGGGACCAUCACUUGAGAGGCAUCAGUCAGCGCGGCUACAACAUGGUGCACUUCACCCCGCUGUCGAUUCGCGGUGACUCCAACUCACCCUACAGCAUCUACGACCAGUUACAGUUCGACAAGGAUCUCUUUCCAAAUGGCGAAGAGGACAUAGGUCGUUUAGUGAACAAGAUGCAGCAGGAGUACGACAUGCUGGCCAUGACGGAUGUGGUGUGGAACCAUACGGCAAACAAUAGCAAAUGGCUCGAAGAGCAUCCCGAAGCUGGUUACAAUGUCGAAACAUCACCAUGGCUACGACCGGCACUCGAUCUCGAUACGGCACUUCUCGAAUACAGCCGGAGCCUGAACUCCUUGGGUCUUCCUACUAAGCUCAAUAGUGUUGCCGACUUGCUGAAACUCAUGGAGGGAGUUAAAUCUCGUGUGCUUGGUGGGGCCAAACUUUGGGAAUACUACGUAAUUGAUGUGGCACAGAAUGCGAAAGACACUGUUGAAGCUUGGGUUGCUGGGCAUGUGACCUUCCCGGACAACAAUUUUAGCGACGCUGGUCUUCAGGGCCUCGAUGCGGUCAAGGGCUGGUCCCUGAAGCAAAAAGCCGACUGGGUUCUCGAACAUGCUUUUCACGAUGGCGACGGUUUCGGCAUCCGCUAUCAACGCCGUGUUGACCCUUCCUCUGGUGCUGCUCUUCUUUGCGCUCUUUUCGGUCGAUUUGAUACCCGUGCUGGCGGUUCUCCCGAUCAAAACGCAGCCCAACAAGCCAUGAGUCACAUUCUCGACGAGAUCAAUGUGAAGUUCUAUCGCGAAUAUGAUGGCGACGCCGCAGAGAUCCAGGAGCAACUCUUCAACAGAAUUAAGUACUGCCGUAUCGACGAUCAUGGACCCAAGAUGGGCGAGAUCACCGAACAGAGUCCGCUUGUCGAGCCAUAUUUUACACGUCUUCCACUCAAUGAAACCACAAAGCAUCACAAUCCUGAGGCACUUGCGCUGGUAAACAACGGAUGGGUUUGGGCCGCUGAUGCCAUGAAAGACAACGCUGGGCCCAAGUCUCGGGCUUACUUGAGACGAGAGGUCAUUGUUUGGGGGGAUUGCGUGAAGCUUCGCUAUGGAAGCGGCCCUGCAGACAACCCUUACCUCUGGGAUCGGAUGGCUCAAUAUACUCGGUUGAUGGCAAAACACUUUCAAGGGUUCCGCAUCGAUAACUGCCACUCGACGCCAAUCCACCUUGCCGAAUUUAUGCUGGAUCAAGCAAGAAUUGUCAACCCCAAUGUCUUUGUCGUUGCUGAACUAUUUUCUGGCUCUGAGGAGAUGGACUUCCAUUUCGUUAAGAAACUAGGUAUUUCUGCACUGAUUCGAGAAGGUAUGCAAGCUUGGAGCACUCAAGAGUUAAGCAGAUUGGUACAUCGCCACGGUGGUGUGCCCAUUGGCAGCUUUGAUACAGAUGCGGUCCUCAAUGCUGACUCCUCCACUGCACUCACGACUUCUGAUGGAGUGCGCCAAGUUGUCAAAAAGAUCAAGCAAAGCCCUGUUCACGCUCUGUUCAUGGACUGCACACAUGAUAAUGAGACACCGGCACAGAAGCGUGACGCACGCGACACCCUUCCAAGUGCCGCCUUGGUCGCAAUGUGUGCUUGCGCCACCGGCAGCGUUUUCGGCUUUGACGAGGUCUAUCCAGAGCUUGUUGAUCUGGUUCAUGAAAAGCGGUCAUACUCAUCGAUUAACUCAACAGAAUCGGUGCGAGCGCAGGCGGGUCAAGGCGGCAUUGGUGGCAUCCGCAAGAUUCUCAACGAGAUUCACGUGGAUAUGGGCAAGAAAGGGUACAGCGAGACGUACAUUCAUCACGAAAACGAGUACAUCACUGUCCAUCGGGUGAACCCACGCACCAGGAAAGGCAUCUUCUUGAUUGCGCAUACGGCUUUCCCCGGUUACGGCAAUGGUAAUGCAGGAUUUGGUCCCACGAAACUUCCUGGCAAUCAAGCCAAGCUCAUUGGUAGUUGGAGUCUAGAGGUUGACAACAGCCCAGAGACUCGCAAAGCAGUCAGGAGCGAUAAGACGAUAUUGCGGGGCCUACCCAGUCAUACAAAAGAUUUGCCAGGCAUUGUCGUCGAGUCAACAGGCGAUGGUGCCACAAUCGAAAUUCCCGAAUGUUUCCCUCCGGGUAGUAUUGCACUCUUUGAGACUUCCGUCGAGACUGCGGAACACAGCGAUGGCCUCGACAAAUUUGUCACUACUGGAGCGCGCGAUGCGUUCCGCGAAUGUGCGCUCCCGGACCUCAACAUCAUACUAUACCGCUGCGAUCCAGAGGAGCACGAUAUAUCCAACAACAAAGACGGCACAUAUAACAUACCCGGACAUGGCACCCUCGUGUAUGCUGGUCUUCAGGGGUGGUGGAGUGUCCUACGUGACAUCACCAACGAAAAUAACCUUGGUCAUCCACUCUGUAACCAUUUGCGGGAAGGACAGUGGGCUCUUGAUUACUGUGUGGGUCGAUUGGAGCGUAUCUCUAAGGAGAAGUAUCAGCACAUCCGGGGUCCGGCAAAAUGGCUCAAAGAGAGGUUUGACGCCAUCCGCAAACUUCCGAGUUACCUUCUCCCCCGGUACUUCGCCAUGGUAAUACAGACUGCUUACAACGCUGCCAUUGACCGAAGUAUACAGCUCAUGUCUGACAGCAUCCGCAAUGGGCAAACAUUUCUAAAAAGUCUUGCCCUAGUCAGCGUUCAAGUUACAGGCUAUACCAACAGUGCUUCACUAUGGCCGGAAAAGAGCGUGCCGAGCUUGGCCGCCGGUCUCCCGCACUUUGCACACGACUGGGCUCGUUGCUGGGGGCGUGACAUUUGCAUUUCAGCUCGCGGUCUUCUUAUGUGUACGGGUCGGUAUGACGAUGCCAGAGAGCACAUCAUGGCAUUUGCAAGCGUGUUGAAGCACGGCAUGGUUCCCAAUCUGCUCAGCGGCGGCAAAUUGCCUCGAUAUAAUUCCAGAGACUCUGUCUGGUGGUUCCUGCAGAACAUACAGGAUUAUUGCAACAUGGUUCCAGACGGUCUGGAUCUUCUUCAGCAGCCCGUGAAACGUAGGUUCCUCCCCUACGACGAUACCUGGUUCCCGCACGAUGACAAACGGGCCUUUUCCCAGUCUUCUACGAUAGCAGAGGUGAUACAGGAGGCAUUGCAGCGUCAUGCUACUGGUCUGGAAUUUCGCGAAUACGACGCUGGCCCCAACAUCGACAGUCAAAUGAAAGAUGAGGGUUUCAAUAUCAAGAUAUGGACGGACUGGGAAACCGGUAUGAUCUUUGGUGGCAACCAGUGGAACUGUGGGACCUGGAUGGACAAAAUGGGUGAAAGCGAAAAGGCGGGCAGCAAAGGAGUUCCCGGCACCCCCCGCGAUGGCGCCCCUGUCGAAAUGAUCGGUUUGCUGUACAGCUGUCUUCUGUGGGUAUGUCGACUUCAUGAACAGGGUGUCUACCCGUAUGGAGGCGUCACAAUCAACGAUGGAAAGCAAAAUAUAUCCUUCAAAUCUUGGGGGGAGCGCAUAAAGGCCAACUUUGAACGGACAUUUUACGUUCCCCGCAGCCCGGAGGAAGAUGGUAAUUACGAUGUCAAUUCCCAGAUAGUGAAUCGACGAGGCAUCUACAAGGAUCUCUACAGGUCGGGCAAAGAGUAUGAAGAUUACCAAUUGCGACCCAACUUCCCCGUGGCCAUGACUGUGGCUCCCGACCUGUUCGAUCCGGAACACGCCUUGUACGCUCUGCAGAUGGUAGAUCAGAAUUUACUCGGUCCGCAGGGUAUGAGAACUCUUGAUCCUUCCGACUACAACUACCGCGGAUUUUAUAUCAACAGCGAGGAUUCUGAUGACUUCCACACUAGCAAGGGCCGGAACUAUCACCAGGGUCCUGAGUGGUUAUGGCCAGCUGGCUAUUUCUACAGAGCGUUUCUAAAAUUCGACCUCCCGCGUCGCAAGACGGCCGAAGAGAGAGUUGAGAGCUACCAACAAGUGACACGCCGCAUGGCAGGAAUGAUGAAGGCGAUUCAGGAGAGCCCUUGGGCUGGUCUGACAGAGCUUACACAGAAGGACGGUGCUUUCUGCGGCGAUUCGUGCCCGACGCAGGCCUGGUCAGCAGCUUGUAUCAUUGAUGUAUUUCAAGACGCACGCGAAUACGAGCUGUUGCAGGCGAGCAAGCAAGGCUAG